AUGCCUAUAAGUAUUAUUUUUGUAUCAUCACAAAAUACUGACUUUCUUCAUCUUUAUUUAGUUUAUGCCAUUUCUUCAGUAGAGUCGGGAAACAAGCAAACAACAAUUUCCUCAGAAGAGUCCCGAGAAAAGCGAACACCAAAUUCCACAAGAAAAGAUCAAGGUGUUAAUCCAAUCCCUACAAAAGAUCAAUAUUUUAGAUGCUGCAAUAUUGGCUGA